GCGCGCGGACGAAAAUACUGACAACGAGAAGGAGAGGCAUGCGGCUCGUGCUUUCAGGAUAUGCUAUAUUGCAAACCGCGCGCUUCGGCGUGCGGUGCGAACGCUCCAUUGGUUUCCCUAGGAGCAAAAACAACGCAAGAGGCUGGGCUGGCCACUUGGCCCGCCAGAAUGCGCAAGUCUCUGUCCCUUCAUCCCGAAGUUUUUCCACUGUAUUGAGAUGCCAGCACUUUAGUUCAGAAAAUAAAGCAAAAGACAAUAGCCUCAUGACUCCAAUGCUGAAACAUCUCAUUAUGAAAAUAAAAUCAACUGGUCCUAUUACAGUGGCUGAAUAUAUGCGGGAAGUUUUGACAAAUCCAGUGAAGGGAUACUAUAUGCAUCAGGAUAUGUUUGGAGGAAAAGGAGAUUUUGUUACUUCACCUGAAAUAAGUCAGAUUUUUGGAGAGUUAAUAGGUAUUUGGUUUGUUAGCGAAUGGAUGGCUACAGGAAAAUCUCCAAAAUUUCAGCUGGUGGAACUGGGCCCAGGUAGAGGUAGUCUUAUAGACGAUAUUUUAAGGGUUUUUACUCAGCUGAGCUCCAUACUUAAUAACUGUGAAAUUUCUAUUCAUUUGGUGGAAGUCAGUCCAAAAUUAAGUGAAAUGCAGGCAUCAGUGCUAACAAAAGAAAAAGUAGAAUUGCCAAAGAGCUCUAAUGCUUACAUGCACGGGAUUAGUAAGACUGGAAUACCAAUUUUCUGGUAUAGAAACUUGAAUGAAGUGCCAGAAGGCAACAGUUUUUAUUUGGCACAUGAAUUUCUUGAUGCUCUGCCUAUUCAUAAAUUUCAGAAAACAGAAAAAGGGUGGCAUGAGUUGUUGAUUGAUAUUGAUCCAGAAGCUUCUGAUAAGCUGCGAUUUGUCCUUGCACCAUCUGCCACUCCUGCCUCAAAAUCUUUCAUACACGAUCAAGAAUCCAGAGAUCAUGUGGAAGUAUGUCCUGAUGCUGGUGUCAUCAUCCAGAAGCUCGCUUCUAAUGUUGAAAACAAUGGAGGAGCAGCACUGAUUAUAGAUUAUGGUCAUGAUGGAACCAAAACUGAUACUUUCCGAGGAUUCCGUGGUCAUAAACUUCAUGAUGUAUUACUGUCACCAGGAUCUGCAGAUCUCACUGCUGAUAUAGAUUUCAGCUACUUGCGAAGAAUGGUACAGAAAAGAGUAGCUACUUUGGGACCUUUAAAGCAAAAGGAAUUCUUGAAAAAUAUGGGCAUUGAUGUUAGAUUGCAGCAACCUUGGGAGGUUCUACUGCAGAAUGCUGAUGAUGCAGUCACUCGAAGUCAUCUGCUUCAAGGUUAUCAAAUGCUGAUGGAUAACAUGGGGGAACGCUUUUAUUUUUUUGCCCUUUUACCUCAUUGCAGACUUAAGGCUUCACAUCAGUUAAUGAAGCCAGAUCACUCACUUUCAACACCUGUUGCUGGCUUUGGAGAACUUUUAUGGAAGUGAAUUUCAAAUCAGAAUAUGCAUUCUGGUAAAAAUCUAGAUUUUCCAUAAGGAUCUAUCCUUAGAUCUGUCAGGAAGACAGUUGAGUUAUUUAACCGUGGAAGAUUUCAAUCAUACUCCUGUAACAUAGCCAAUAUAAGGAAUCAUUGAUAUGGUAAAAUUAAAAACAUGGAAGAUUUCAAUCAUACUCCUGUAACAUAGCCGAUAUAGGGAAUCAUUGAUAUGGUAAAAUUAAAAACACAACAAUGCUGCUGAAAGGGAAGAGAAGUUUUAGAUGGAAAAAAUGCACAAUACUGCACUGUGGAAGAGUUUCAUAAUUAUUAAGUUUGCUCUUUAAUCCCCCCGAGAAUUUCCAAAUUAGAAGGAAAAAUAAUUUCACUGCCAAUUCUUUGGGUGAUGCAAAUAACGGUAGAAGUAGUCCUCAACCUAUGACCAUUCAUUCACUGACCAUUCAAAGUUUUGAUGGCUCUGAACAAAUGGUGGUUAGGAUCAGUCCUCUGAGUGCUAACUGCCCCAGCAUCCUGCAAUGUAGGCAGCUGGCAACCAAUUCACACAAUUGGUUGCAGCACUCCAUGAUCGUCAUUGGCUGUCAUCCUUGCUGACUUCCUCAGAAAGUCAAUGGGGAAGCCAGCAGGGAAGUGACAAGUCUUCCCCACCUGCGUGCUCUUCCCGGCUCCUCUCACCUUAAACCAUGCCAACCACACAGACACCCCUCCGUGCCCUCCCCAACCGCAGAUGAAGGAUUGCCUCUUUAUGGUUCCUAGUGAGCAAGUGGCCUUCAGAAAACAGAGCUAGUACAAACUGAGUAACAGUGCCGGCUCCUUUUCAUUUGUAAAUGUAGCUCUGUGUACUAUUUUGUUGUAAUAAAUGGUUAAUGUGUUAA